CUCCAAUUUCCGCCUGUUCGAAACUUAAAACUAACCAAAACAACCCCCAAAAUCAAUCAAUCUUGUUCACUUUGCUGCAAAAUUUCAUCACCAUGUCUCGUUUGAUUCAAGCUCGAUCUUCUCUCUCUAAAUUUUCGAAAACAGGACCAUAAAAUGAGACGGAGGGAGUACAUCUUUGUCAAGGUUUCUUUAAUCAUAUCUGAAGAAUGUACCUUGGUGAUCUGAUUGUGCUCACGAGCAUUAAGGCUGCUAUUUUGAGGCUUGAGCAAAAGGAAUUCUUCUUCUUUUGGAUAAUUUUCAAGAUUUACACUGGCAAUGUCUAGAAGUGGGAGAUUUCUGUCUACAGAAUCUACAGGGAUCAGUGGAGGCUCUAUAGUUGAGGAAGCCGAAACAGUCAAUGUUCCCCCUCCCCCAUCUGAGAAGCUACUUAUUUUUGGAGGCAACGGAUUUGUUGGUUCGCACAUAUGCAAAGAAGCUUUAGAACAUGGAUUGUCAGUCGCUAGUAUGAGCAGAUCUGGGAGGCCAUCUGUUAAUGAAGCUUGGGCGGAUAGAGUGAGUUGGCAUAAAGGUGACCUCUUUUCACCUGAAACAAUUAAAGAUGCACUGGAUGGAGUGUCUUCUGUUAUAUCCUGUGUUGGUGGCUUUGGGUCUAACGCACAGAUGUAUAAAACCAAUGGUGCUGCAAACAUGAAUGCUAUUAGAGCUGCUGCAGAGAAAGGUGUGAAGAGAUUUGUUUACAUCUCUGCUGCCGAUUUUGGCAUGGUUAAUUACAUACUGCAAGGUUAUUACGAAGGAAAGAGAGCGGCUGAAACGGAGCUAUUAACCAAAUUUCCUUAUGGUGGUGUUAUUUUGAGACCUGGUUUUAUCUAUGGAACGCGUCGAGUUGGCAGCAUGAAAUUACCUCUAGGUGUUAUUGGAUCUCCAUUGGAGAUGGUUCUUCAACAUGCAAAACCACUGACUCAAAUUCCACUGGUCGGUCCACUGCUGACUCCUCCUGUUAAUGUAACAGCGGUUGCGAAAGUUGCUGUUAGAGCUGCAACUGACCCUGUAUUUCCACCUGGCAUCGUAGAUGUUCAUGGAAUAUUACGGUAUGGUGGACAGAAGAAGUAGAAUAUAGAUUUGUGCAUCUGCUUAUAACGUGUUCUAGAAUGAUGGAAGAUGAAGCAAGGUGCUUAUGGGUAAUGUCCCUCUAGUUAGUCUAUAUAUCCUUGCUUCUAUGCAGGUGCAUAAUAAAUUUUCCCCUUAGAAACAAACCGUUAGGCAGAACUGCUUACGCAGCUUGUAAUCUAUGUUAUUAGUUUUAAGUAGCCAUGGCCUUGCCAAUUGUAACGGCGCAGAUCAUGGGUUCAAUUUCAUGUUACUCCAUAUAAUACCCCUUACUAAAUUUUUGGUUAUUUGAGUGAAUAAAGAUUCAUUAUUCUCCUCGA